UACACGGGCAUAAUAACUUGAAUCGUUGAGAUUCCGAGGUGACCCUGAACGUCGCAGCAGCCUUGUCGUUGCUUUAUUCAGACUUGUACGCUCGGUUCUCGGCGGGAAUGUAGUUCGUGUACACCAUGCAGCGUCUGUUCAAAUGUUGGACCUUUCCAGACACCGACCCUGAACGCGGCGGAGGAGCAGAGUUCAGGCUUCUCUGCUAGCUACAUCGGAAGGAGCACCAUAUGCUACCUAGCUACACUGUUAGCAUUUUAGCAGUUGCUCCGUGUACUUGAAGGCAUCACUGAGUCCUCAUAGACUGCGUAGGUUACAGUGCUACAGAGAGCAGUAACAUGACGUCAGCUUCCACUAAACCCCUUCUUGUUUCAACAUGAAUGCCUGGCUCUGACCUCAUGACCUGGGGCGCUGAGUGAGCCAGACCUUUUCAACCCAACAUCAGUGUCUGAACAGGGGCAAAUCCAGAUUCCAACAUCUGGUGGAAACCUGAAUGUCCAUGGUUUCAUAAUCAUCAACAUAUGGCUGAUUCUUCAAGUGUCUACAUACUUUUGGUCAUGAAGUUGGUGAGAUCUUCUCUGCAGCUGGAGCUGCCUUUACCAAACUAGGAGAGCUCACCAUGCAGCUUCACCCAGUGGCAGACUCCAGUCCUGCAGGUUCCCAUCUUUCCUCCAGCGUUCAGACGAAGAGCACAGUGAAGAGGAAGCUGUAUGAAGAUGGAGCUCCGCCCGCCUCCUCAGACAGCUCUAAGAAGGUGAUCAAGAAAGCCGCCACUGCUGUCGCCAUGGCAACGCAGGGCACUUCCACUGUCAUCUCUGUGCCCGUGGCUCAGGUCGUCGUGGCCUCAGGACUACAGAGCUCCCCCUCCGGCCAGCCCUCCCUGAAGAAACAGAAGACUGCAGAUGUGACCCUCAGUGCUCUGAAUGACUCAGAUGUCAACAGUGAUCUUGUGGACAUCGAGGGACUGGGUGAAGGAUCCAAUUCCAAAAAACUCAACAACUUUGAUCAAGAUAACCUGAACCUGGACUCAAGUCUCAUCAUGAAUCCCGGUGACCUUCCGCUGCUCUCCCGUUGACCUUUCACUUCCUGUGGACAAACUAUGAAAAGAUGAGCCACGUUGUGAUAGACUUUGAGCCCGAUGAUGCUGACCACACUUUAGAGGAACUGUAGAAGUUUUGAACAUUGUGUUGUGUCACACAGAACCACAUCUCAAUUCUGUGAGACUUGUUGGCACUGUCAAAAACGUUAAGGACUCAUUUGAAGUUUUCUUUUACUAUAUUACUUUUUAUGUCAAGAUGUUUCUAUGGUAGACUGUUUCUUUUCCUCUUCUGACUUUUUCUUCUGGAAAUGUCCAGAAAAUCCUAAAAAUGUAGACUUCAUGCAGGACGAUUCAUCUUUCUUGUUUUCAUAAAGAGAAAUCAGGAAAAGGAACAGAAAGUCUCAGCUGCAUUCAAGCGCUCCUACUUUACUGUUUUUGCUUUUGUGAUGCAGCUGUAUUGUAAAAAGGUCAUCAUUCAGUCAACAACAUAAACACUGAUAUUUUAUUGUAUUAAAUGUUCAAUGCAAAUGUAACUAAUUAUUGUAUUAGCAGAUGUAAAUGUUAAUGUGUAUUUUUAACAUGAAUCUGAAUGUUGGUAGUAAAGUGUUAGAGGCUACAC